UCCAGCUAUCUUUAUCAGUCCAAAGUUGGAAUAAUAACAAUGACGACUAUAUUCGCAUCAAAUCUCUGUGCAGUUCUGAUUCUUUUGGUGUAUAUAAUAAGGCAAAAAAUUUUAGUGAGAGUCCUUAAUCGUAUUAUGUAUUUAGACAAAAGACUAAAUGUUAGAGAGCAUGAAACGAAACACAUUGUUUAUUACAUACUAUUUUUUGUAAAUCUUGUUAUCGUCAUGGUCACCCAUUCUUUGUUGAUCCUACAGUUCUCGACAUUAACAUCAAUACUUAUUCGCUAUUUGCCUGGCAUGAUUUCUUUUGGAGUGAUUUUACAGUACUCAUUGAUACUAAGCAUGAUUAAUAAACGAUUCAGAAUCAUUCAAUCAAGAAUAUUGAACUUCGAAAAAGUGCAAAGAAAUAUGCUUGGAGCAGAAGUGUUAGUUUCGCAUCAAACAGCUAUGAAUAAUAUUGAUCAUUUAAAAUCUACAUACUACGCAUUGUUUAAAAUAUGUCAAGACGUAGAAAAUUUUUACGGACUACCGAUUUUAUUUGUGAUUUUAGCAAUUGUUAUGAGAGCUGUUUUAAUGAUAUACUUUAUGAUAUUUGAAAUUGUGGAGGGGUUCAGAGUUAGUGUCUCGUUCUAUUGUGGAAUAUUUGUACUUCAGCCUAGUUUUCUCCUGAUUAUACUGACUUCUACUGUCAAUAAAAUAAUUAUUCAGAAUGAGAAAACAGCUCGAAUCAUUAUUCUGGUUGAGGAAAAAUGUACGAAUCAGAGAACUGAAGACAAAUGGAAUAAAUUUUUAAGUGACCUUCUUUGUUUGAAAAUAAAAAUCACAAGUUGUGAUAUAAUACCAUUAAAUCGCACGCUCCUUAUGCUUAUUUCUGGUUCUAUUUCAACAUAUCUCAUUAUUGCAAUUCAAUUUUAA